AUGCAUUUGGGUAAAGUCUUGCUCUAUGUGCUUCUCCUCAAUUGCGCAACUUUGAGUUCGUCCCUGUCCACUUGCGCCACCGUGGACAUCGACAAUGUGAAAAGGAAGCGGGUGGAAGCGAUACGAGGCCAGAUUCUGAGCAAGCUCCGGCUGACGAGUCCGCCGCAUUCCCUCGGACCGAGUAAGAUCCCGUAUCAGAUCCAGGCUCUGUACAACAGCACCAAGGAGCUUCUGGAGAUGCUCGGCAGGGAUCGACAGCAGAGUUGCGGUCCGGAGAACACCGAGACGGAGUAUUAUGCGAAAGAAAUAUACAGAUUCAACAUGAUUUACGGUCCAUCUGAAAGUAAUGAUCUGUCCUACUGCCCAAAAAGCAUCACAUCAAAGGUUUUCCGCUUCAACGUGUCCACCAUGGAAAGAAACUCAACCAACCUAUUCAGAGCAGAGUUUCGUACUCUGAGGGUUCCAAACUCAGCAGCCAAGAGGAAUGAACAGCGGAUUGAGCUCUACCAGAUCGUGAGGCCAAACGAACACAUUCGGAAACAACGCUACAUCGGAGCCAAGAAUGUGCUGACCAGAGGCACUUCGGAAUGGAUCUCCUUUGACGUGACGGAAACGGUGCGGGAGUGGCUGACAAACAGAGGAAGUAAUCUGGGUUUAGAAAUCAGUGUGCACUGUCCGUGCCACACCUUUAACCCGAAUGGUGACAUCAUCGACAAUGAGAAGGAGGUGCUGGAAGCCAAAUUUAAAGGUGUGGAUGGAGAUGAGGAGCAGAGUCACUGGGACCUGGGCCACCCCAAGAAGCAGAAGGAACAGUAUAUGCCUCACCUCGUCCUUAUGAUGAUCCCACCUCACCGCUUGGACACUCAGUCCAAACGCAGACGCAAGAGAGCCCUGGAUACAAACUACUGUUUCUCGAACAUGGAGGAGAGCUGCUGCGUUCGUCGACUCCACAUCGAUUUCCGGCGUGACUUGGACUGGAAGUGGAUCCAUGAGCCCAGUGGCUACGAUGCCAACUACUGCUCCGGGCCCUGCCCUUACCUGAGGAGCUCAGAUACCACACACAGCACGCUGCUGAGCCUGUACAACACUCUGAAUCCAGAGGCGUCAGCCUCCCCCUGCUGUGUCCCCCAGGACCUGGAGCCCCUCACUAUACUCUACUACUCUGGACGAACUCCUAAAGUGGAGCAGCUGUCCAACAUGAUCGUCAAAUCUUGCAAGUGUAGCUGAGAAGAGGUAAAACGUGAGGUGUUGCAGACGGAAUUUGUUAAGCUUGUUGACUUUUGGACCUUCAACUGUGACAAAUGUUUAAUGGACCAUGUGACGUCAUAGUUUAGAUUUGAACACUUUUUUUUUUUUAAAGGAUGCAGAUUGGGAACCUAAUUUUUCCUUUUUCCUAACUCCCCCUCGAGUCACUCAGUUUAGAAUAGUUUUUUUUAUUUUUUUUUUUUUUAUAAAGGUCCAGCCUAAAGCAGAAUUCACUGGAUCUGUUGGACAUUAAACCCAAGACCCGCUGACUUUGUGGUGUAUUUUCUGCAGCUUUUGGCUCCAACCAUCAAUCUAAUUCGAGUCUUAAACCUCGAGCUGAUAAAUCGACAAAGAUCCGCCGCUAUGCCCACAGAACAGCUGAGUAGUUUCUCCUGUCUCCUCGGGAUGAUACCGUUAAUCGCCACGAAAAAUAAUUGAUGAAGCUGUCCUGAACAGGCUGGAUUUUUUUUUUUCCUUGAACUGCUUCGGGCAUUAUCUUCAAACACAAAGGAGAAAGGACAGACUUGCUGCUGUAUCCAAAGCCAUAGCUGCGGUCAGGGAAAAGGAGAGCCGAGAGCAUGCCUGCUGGAUUUGCAAUGGAAAGUGAAUGAACAAAGAAGUCGAGCCAAGCUUUUUUUUUUUUUUUUUUGUCCCGCCAGCAGCAAUGACCCCCUUUUUUUUUUCCCCUUGCAUCUAUUAAAAUGGAUGGAAGACCAGACCUGUGUGAAAGGGAAGAACUGUGAUGGAAACUUGCCAUUCACUGGACGUUUUCACGUGUAACAGGUUCAAAUCAUUUUUGGGAAAUCAAAGAAUAUACUGGAAAAGAACAAGUGUUACGCAACAGGGUUUUAAAUUUUAAAUUUUUUUUUUUACAUUAGCAGAUUUGGUCUGUUGUGCAACUUGUCAUAUUGUGAUUGUUUCACUAACUGGGAUGAAGUCUUAUCUUUAAUAUCCGGGAUGGAAACACUUUCGUAUUAAUCUAUGAGUGUUGUUACAAGGAUUUCCCUGUGAUUCUCAAGUCUGUCCUUUUGUAUGCGUUCAUGUUUUACUGCAGUUUUGAACUCUGAGUUACUGUAUUAAAAUGAAACUGUCCGAAUAAAAUAAAAUCAGAUGGCUUUUCUAAAUAUCUGAUUGUGUCACAGCAGUAAAAAAUCAUUAUGUCUGAUUGUUGGAAGGAUUAGUUAAAGGGGUCAAAUUAUGGGGGGGGAAGAACAGUUUUGUCCCUUUCCAAAGAGUUAUUGUUUCAUAACAAAAUCAUUUUUUUUCUUUGUUCUUAAAGAAAUUUAAGACCAAAUGUCUCUUUGCACUUCUGGGACUUAUGUCACGGAAGGCCAUAUUUGAAAUCCUCCUUGCUUAGUGGUAAAUAACCAUUGAGCUGUCUGCAUUCUUUUGAUGUGAAAAUCUUUCUUAUGGAUGAGUCACGAUGUUUCAUCACAUAUCUUCAGUUAUCAACAUACAACAACUGGUGAUCUUUAUUAGCUUGCUGAAAAUAUGCGUAACAUGACCCCUUUAAAUAGCCCACAUUCCAGGUCUAGACACUAAACGAGAUAGCCGUGAAUAAGAACCCCACGGAAAAACAAGGUCUAAAAUAUGACCAGUUCAUGAAACUAAAAGGGCGCCCAUUAGAGUGCAUACCUCUCUCAAGGCAAGAUAACGCCUGAUGAAAAAUACUUUUUUUAAUCUCAUAGAAUCACAUCAUUAUCUGGAUCUGAACCAAAAUACAACAAUUGAUAGUCAAUCACACAUAUGAAUGAUUUUUCUCAUUAAUUGAUCAUGAAAGCUGAUCUUUGGUCAUAAUCAAGGACCUUUGAAGGUGAAUGUUGGGCUUUAAUCCCAAUUUCUGAAUAAUGAAAGUUUGCUGAUCUUUGAUCUUGAGAUUUGAUUGAAAUUACUGGCAUUUGAUCCUAAUCACUGCUCUUUGAUUUUUAAUGCUAACUCUCGAUUAUGCUUGACUAGU